CAUGGCGCUUCCUCCUCCUGCCCUUUAGUUACAUUGUAUCUCCCUUACUGAAAGGAGCUAGGGAUCUAGGACUCAACUCAAGGGAGGGGGAAAAAAUGAAUGAAUACGUGAAAAUGGACGUGCCGAGAUGUUGGAUUUAUCGUCCUGGAGUUUAAGAAAGACGUAUUUGAAGAACCCUUUGAGAUUUAGAUCCUGCGAUGCCAGUUUCAAGGCAGUGUUUCCAUUUCUGAACGGGAUCUUUAGGAGUGUGAUGGCUGCUGGCCUUCCCUAUCUCUAGUUGCUGGAUGUGUUGGAAAGUGCACUGCUUUGGGAGCAUUUUGGGAAUUCCGUACGCAAAUCCAGAGGCAUUUCCACCUUUCUCUAUGGAAUGUACAUAAGUAUUCUCUGGAUAGGGGUUCGCGUGUUGGGGCAAAAUGUGGGUGACUGGGAAGUUGACAUCAAUACGUUGAGGCUACAGUUCUCCUUCUCCCCACACCCUGGCAGUCUGAGGAAUCAGACGUUACUGUGACAAACCUGGGCCGCUGGCACUAAAAUGUCCCUAAGUGGUGGCACUGCAGGCGGGAAAGGUGUGGACUCGAAUGCGGUGGACACUUACGACAGCGGUGAUGAGUGGGAUAUCGGGGUUGGAAAUCUGAUUAUCGACCUUGACGCUGACCUAGAGAAGGACAAACUCGAGAUGUCUGGCACCAAGGACGGAGGAGGAAUGGCAGCUCCACCUAGCGCAGUAGCGGCUCUGCCAGACAAUAUCAAGUUUGUGAGCCCGGUUAGCGCCCCUCAGGGCAAAGAGAGCAAAUCAAAAUCGAAACGCAACAAAAAUUCUAAAGACAAUAGCAGCAAGACUCCAGCUGCAGAUGGAGCAAAAAAGGACCAUCAGGGACGGACCCAAGGGGAGGUUACUGGUGCGACAGGUAGUUCAGGAGGCAGCACCUCUGCUCCUGGCAAAGGCGUCGAGAAGGGCGCCAAGGCCUCACGCGGUGUGCCCAACAGCAAAAAGGAGAAGGAAGUAUCAAGCGGGAAAAACAAGAAAGAAAAAAGCGAAAGCGGACCAGUUGCAGUCGUGGCAAUUGAGAAGGAGAUAGUAGCAAACACUCAGGCGUUUGGAAGCACACGCAACACGCCCUUUGACAGUACACAAAAUGCAGACAUGGCUGUGACAGAGCAGCUUGGGAAUAACGCUCUGGAAACUGUUGGAAUUGUCUCUCUGUUAGCUAUUAAAUCAGAGCCAGAGGAGCUUGACGGGGAAUGCAGAGCUUUGAAGAAGGUGAAAAAUGAAAAGAUGGAGUCUCCGGUCUCCACCCCGGCCCCUCCACCGCUUCACUUCCUCGCCUCUAUGGGAAACAGUGACAUCGCCUCACCUUGUGAGCAGCUUAUGGUGCGAACGCGCUCGGUGGCUGUCAACACAUCUGAUGUGGCCCUGUCCACUGAGCCAGAGUGCCUGGGACCCUGCGAGCCGGGCACCAGUGUCAACCUGGAGGGCAUUGUGUGGCAAGAAACUGAGGACGGUAUGCUGGUGGUAAAUGUUACUUGGCGGAACAAAACGUACGUCGGAACACUUUUGGAUUGUACCCGUCAUGACUGGGCUCCUCCAAGGUUCUGCGAGUCUCCCACAAGUGACCUAGAAAUGAGAAAUGGACGUGGCCGUGGUAAAAGAAUGCGACCCAAUAGUAACACCCCAGUCAACGAGAACAGCAACUCGUCUGAUAGUAAGGGCUGCAACAACAGCAAAACCAGAGCAAAUUCCAAUAGCAAGGGUCGGCGCGGAAGCCAAAACUCCUCUGAGCACAGGACUCCACCCAAUAGCAACACAGAGGACAUAAAAGCCAGUCCCUCCUCAUCUAGUAAGCGCAAGAACAAGCCUGCUUCAGACAUGGAGCCCAACUCUAGCUCUGAGGAUUCUAAAGGCAACAAGCGUAUGCGCACAAAUUCACAUGGUGGAAUGACCUCCUCUGCACUCCCAAUUCCUAUUAUCAAAACUGAGUCUCUUCCUCCUCCUUUAGACCGAACCUGUCCCUCACCUGUACUGAUUGACUGCCCGCAUCCCAAUUGCAACAAGAAGUACAAGCACAUCAAUGGCCUGAAGUACCAUCAGGCUCGUGCUCAUAAUGAUGAUGAUAUUAAGUUGGACAUUGACGGGGACAGCGAAUAUGGGGAAGAAUCCUCUCUCCACCCAGAGCCAGGAAGUUGCAAUGGAGCUUCGAUUACACAAAAAGGCUCUCUCUCCCCAGCACGUUCUGUCACACCAAAAGGAAGAGGUUUUGAUGUUCAGAGUCCAUCCCCUUCUCCUGGAAAGUUUGGCUCCAAGUCAAAGAAGAAGAAUGGUGAUGCUGAAGCAGAUGUUUGUGGCACACCUAUGGAGGGUUGUGAGGACGGGCCUUGCGUCACUGCUGAUGAGGCUAGCAAUGACGGCAUGGACGACAGGAAGUCCAAAAAGCCAAGCAGCAAUGUCAAGUCUGACAAGCUGUCCCAGAAGAACAUGAAGUCUUCCAGACCCAUGGCUCCAUCCCUCCCUUCUCCGCAGAUGUACUCUUUGCAGCCAACAUCAUUUAGUGGCGGAAGCCCCAACCAUCCUCCAGGGAUGGCCAACAUGUUGCAGGGCAUCCCCAAGAGUCCCCAGCUAAAAGGCAUUCAGUCUAAGUUGGGUGUAACUGGGGACUUGUCGCCAAUUAAUCCAGCUUUGAGCAGCUCCAAGGACAAAAAGAAAAAGGACAAGAAAAAGAAAGAUUUGGGCAAGGAUGCAGACAGUCCCAAGCUCACAGGAAAGACUGGGAAAACAGAAGAGGGCAAAAGCCCAUACUCUGAGUCCUCUGACCCAGGAAGCAGGAGUGAGGGUCAUCUCAAUGGCUCCUCAGACCCUCAUCAAAGCCGCCUUGCUAGCAUGAAGGCAGAGGCGGAUAAGAUAUACAGCUUCACAGAUAAUGCUCCCAGUCCAUCCAUCGGGGUGGCCAGUCGUGUGGAUAGCAGCGGACAGCCUCUCACUCCCCUUCACGCCGUCACCCAGAAUGGGGCCGAUAGCUCCUCGGUAAAGACAAACAGCCCUGCAUACUCUGACAUAUCUGAUGCCGGGGAAGAUGGUGAAGGCAAAAUGGAAGGGGUCAAAGGUAAAGCGGAAGAUCAGUCAGGCAAGGACGGUGCAAAGAAGGCCCUAUUUCCCUCUCAGGCAUCCUCUAAGGAAUCUGCGUAUUAUGCUGGCUAUGACAACUACUACUCCCCUAGUUACACCCACUCUAGCCCUAGUGGUGCCACUGCUGGUGGGCCUCUGCCGGAAGGGCAAGCUCUGAAACUGAAGAAGGAAGAUGAGCAAGCAUCGCCCGAGGAGAAGACGAAGUUUGACGUGCAGGAUGAGCGCAAAGCUGAGGUCGCUUCAAGUCAGCCACACCAGCAGCAAGCCUCUGUCAUUCAGCAGCGCUCCAAUAUGUACAUGCAGCCACUCUACUACAACCAAUACUACGUUCCCCCAUAUGGAUACCCAGAUCAGGUUUAUCACAACCACCUCAUGAACACUAAUCCAACCUACAGGCAGCAGUAUGAGGAAAGGCAAAGACUCAUGUCUGAGCAGCACAGGUCUGCUGAGAAAAAGCCUGAUUCAGGUGUAAAGGACAGGGAGGCCUCUCUGAAGGAGGACUGGAAACAGAAGGGCCCUGUUCCUCCUGGCCUAACAAAAGCCCCCAGCCUUUCAGACCUGGGAAAGCCACAGGCCCCUGGCAAACAGAGAGACACUUCCUCCGAACCUGCCAAGUCAGUCAUCAUCCCUAAAGGGGAGGAGACCAAGCUGCAGCCACAGCAGGCUGAGGGGCUUAAAAUGAAGCUCAGUGAAGCUGGCCAUCAUGGAAAGGAUGACUCAAAGGCAAGUGUGGAGUCUGCCAGGCUGGGUAUGGAGCAAGCCAUGUGGUACAGACAGUAUCCUGACAGUCAGAGACCGCCAGAUGAGGACCGAGACCGGGAGCGAGACAGAAAAGGCAAAGAUGACAGGCCAAGGCUGAAAGACAGCAGCUCCAAAGAAAAUAGUAAAGAUGUAACUGAUGGUUUGUGUCCUCCCAGCUCUGAGGACCAGCGAAGCGGUGGGAAAGAUUCCCGGCCCAAUGCUCACAUAGCUUUCAGCUCCCCCUUAGCACAGCACCAACCCUACCUGCAUUACAUGCAUGGAUAUCCUUUUGGGCAAAGCUACGAUCCCAGCCAUCCUGGAUACAGAGGCAUGUCCUCUGUCAUGAUGCAGAACUACCCAGGGUCCUAUCUGCCAGUGGGAUACCCUUUCUCCCCUUACGGCAGUAAAAUGGGCAGUGGAGAGGAAGGAGAAAAAUCUCGCUCCAGCCCCACAGUCAGCAUCAAGUCGGCUUCAGAAUCUAAAGCCUUGGACAUACUACACCAACACGCCAACCAGUACAAGAGCAAAUCACCCACUGUUGCCGACAAGCCUUCCCAUGAAAGGGAGCGAGGAGGAGGCGACCGAGAACGGGAAAGAGAGAGGGAGAGAGAAAUAGAUAGACCGCGUUCAUCAUCUUCCCAACGCAUAAUGCCAUCCCAUCACCACCUAGGCUAUCCUCUUGUAGCUGGGCAGUACGAUCUGUCUUAUGCCACAGGCCUUUCAUCGUCAGCGAUUGUUGCCAGUCAGCAAGCCUCAGCCCCUUCCCUGUACCCACCAGCACGGAGGUGAGAAUGGGAAACCUGAUUGUCUCGCCCUUCUUUACAAAUAAUCAUGUGACUGGAUCACAUGGGGAAGUAUAUGGAGCUCAUUUAGGCAUCAGUUGAAUGGUGUUUCUAUAUUUUUAGUUUUUCUGCCGGAAUGUGUGGCAGAUUGAUGUUCUCCUAGUAUCUGUACCUUGUACCCCACUACAGACGGUGAGACCAGGUUCAAAGCCAUCCUGCCCUACUCAAAGCCCAGCUGGCCACUGAACUGUGCCUGUGAACUGGUGAGGGAUGAUUGAAAAGCAAGGACUGUUCAUUCCACUCACAUGAUACAGGCUGUGGCCGGACAAGAGGCAAGGGCUCAAGGGGACAUAAGAACACAAGAACUGAAAAUAGUUUUAUCACACUGAGAUAACUAAAGUUGUUUCCCUUUUUUUAUUUUAGUUGGUAUCCUCACUGAAAAUAAAAAUCAGUUUGACCCACGGUUUUUAAAUUGUUGUUCUCUAGAUACCACCAGUGAAAGCUGCAGAUAUUAUCUAGCAUUGUCUCAUAACUCUGUCUUUCUGCCAGUGGUUCCUAAACGGUUCCCAUCGCCAAAUGCCUCAAGACUGCUCUCUUUUUUCCUCACGAUUUUUUUUCUUUUUUCCAUUUCUCUCUUUUCUGUCAUCAGAAUGGUUCCAUGUAAAGAGCAUGACAUCAAUUUUUAUUUUAUUAUUACGUUUUUUCAAAAAAAUGUUCAACUGUACUAUGGUCUGGUAACAUCAUGCUGUUUUUUAGCAUUACCAUCCAGCCUCUCGUGGACUAGCAAAUCCAGGAAAGUGUUUAAGACGCAUGACCGCCCUCACACAACUGCUUUCAGCGAGACGUUUCACUUCCAGAUUCAUUUGCGACAUAUCUCAGCGAGCACUGUUCCAUUACAGACUUUCAA